AAUAAUCUAAACAACAAAUUGUGCUUCAAAAUGGCGGACAUCAUGCGUCCGCCGUACAGUGAGAUCAAACGGCCGGACGAAAUCGUCAGAAUGACAACCGCCGACAAUCUCAAGUUCGCCGUCCUCAUCGGCCUCAUCGAGGUUGGUCAGGUGACCAAUCGGGAGGUGGUCAACACCGUUCUGCACUUGCUGGUCGGUGGUGAAUUCGAUAUGGAAUUGAAUUUUGUGAUACAGGAUGCGCAGAAUAUCAAACAUAUGCUGGAGCUGCUGGAUCAUUGUCCGCCCAAUUUGCAGGCGGAGAUUUGGAGCGUCUUCAUUGCAAUUCUGCGCAAAAGCGUCCGCAAUUUACAAGCCUGCACAGAUGUUGGCCUCAUUGAGCAUGUCCUUGUCCGCCUGCAGCGCUCCGAAACGGUUGUGGCGGAUCUGCUCAUCGAGAUGCUGGGCGUGCUGGCCAGCUACAGCAUAACGGUGAAGGAGCUGAAGCUGCUCUUUGGCACAAUGAAGGCCACCAAUGGCAAGUGGCCACGGCACUCGGCCAAGCUCCUGAAUGUCCUGCGGCAGAUGCCACAUCGCAACGGGCCGGAUGUCUUCUUUAGCUUUCCGGGACGCAAGGGAUCGGCCAUGGUCCUGCCGCCUUUGGCCAAGUGGCCCUAUGAGAACGGAUUCACCUUUACCACCUGGUUCCGCCUGGAUCCCAUUAACUCGGUGAAUAUUGAACGGGAAAAGCCAUACCUCUACUGCUUUAAGACAUCGAAGGGCGUGGGCUAUACGGCGCACUUUGUGGGCAACUGCCUCGUUCUCACCUCCAUGAAGGUCAAGGGCAAGGGCUUUCAGCAUUGUGUCAAAUAUGAAUUCCAGCCACGAAAGUGGUAUAUGAUUGCCAUAGUGUAUAUAUACAAUCGUUGGACGAAAAGCGAAAUCAAGUGCCUCGUUAAUGGACAGCUGGCCUCAUCCACAGAGAUGGCCUGGUUUGUUUCCACAAACGAUCCCUUUGACAAGUGUUACAUUGGAGCCACGCCCGAGUUGGACGAGGAGCGCGUGUUCUGCGGCCAAAUGUCGGCGAUUUACCUGUUCAGCGAGGCUCUGACCACGCAGCAGAUUUGCGCAAUGCAUCGCCUGGGACCCGGCUACAAGUCGCAGUUUCGAUUCGACAACGAGUGCUAUCUGAAUCUGCCGGACAAUCACAAGCGGGUGAGUCACUUUCAACUCUUGCCAGCAACGGCCUUGGGGGCUGCAACGACCUUGCCGGUUGUGGGCGGCAGCACUGGGAGUGGCAGUGGCACAGGCACCGGCAGCGAUGCAGCAGCCGCAGCUGCAGCAGCAGCAGGGCAGCAACAGUUGCAGCUGCAAUUCCAAAUCCUGGCCGCCGAGCAGGAAGCGCGAGCCAUCGAUUGGUCCGACGAGAGGUUGGAUUUGAAUGCGGCAUUUGUGAAAAUUCGAGCGGUACUCACCGCUCGCAAUGCGGUGACCUUGGCCAGUAAUAGUAGUAGUAGUAAUACUGCCUCGACAGCAGCAGCAGCCGCUGCAGCAGCAGCAGCAGCAACAGCAGCAGCUGCAACAUCAGGAGCAACAUCCUCCGCGGCAGCAGGCACACCUACGACUGAGGACACCCAUCAGCAGCAGCAGCAGCAGCAACAUGCAACACACGGCGAUGCCAGCGAUCCGCUUGGUCAUUUGCCCACCGGAAAUGCUUCUUUCGACCAACUGCGUCGCAUGUCCAGCGCCAGCAAUCUGAGCUCCCUGAUGGCAACCGCCGACACUGAGGAGGUCAACCAGCUGAAAGCUGUGCUGUACGAUGGCAAACUAUCGAAUGCCAUUGUGUUCAUGUACAAUCCGGUGGCCACCGAUGGUCAACUGUGUCUGCAGUCGUCGCCCAAGGGAAACGUUUCCUAUUUCGUGCACACACCGCAUGCCCUCAUGUUGCAGGAUGUGAAGGCCGUGGUCACGCACUCGAUACACUGCACCUUGAACUCGAUUGGAGGGAUACAGGUGCUAUUUCCACUAUUCUCUCAGCUGGAUAUGGCCCACGAAGGCCUAGGGGAUAUCAAGAGGGAUCCCACGCUAUGCUCCAAAUUGCUGGGCUUCAUUUGUGAACUGGUGGAGACCUCGCAGACGGUGCAGCAGCAUAUGAUCCAGAACCGGGGCUUCCUGGUCAUCUCGUUCAUGCUGCAGCGCUCCUCCCGCGAGCAUUUAACACUGGAGGUCCUUGGAUCCUUCCUUAACCUCACCAAAUAUCUGGUCACCUGUCUGUCGGCCAAUAGCGAUUUGCUGCUCAAGCAGUUGUUCUGUUUCUCAUUUCUCACGUGGCAGCUGCUGGACCAUGUCCUCUUCAAUCCAGCCCUGUGGAUCUAUACGCCGGCGAAUGUCCAGGCGAGACUGUACUCCUACCUGGCCACCGAAUUCCUCUCGGAUACCCAAAUCUAUAGCAAUGUGCGAAGGGUGAGCACUGUACUUCAGACAGUGCAUACCCUCAAGUACUACUAUUGGGUGGUAAAUCCAAGGGCCAAGAGCGGUAUAAUACCCAAGGGAUUGGAUGGACCACGUCCUGCGCAGAAGGAUAUCCUGGCCAUCCGUGCCUAUAUCCUGCUGUUCCUCAAGCAGCUUAUUAUGAUCGGCAACGGGGUCAAGGAGGAUGAGCUGCAGAGCAUACUCAACUAUCUGACCACCAUGCAUGAGGACGAGAACCUGCACGAUGUCCUGCAGAUGCUCAUCUCGUUGAUGUCGGAGCAUCCCAGCUCCAUGGUACCUGCCUUCGAUGUGAAGCACGGCGUGCGCAGCAUCUUCAAGCUGCUGGCAGCCGAAAGUCAGCUCAUCCGGUUGCAGGCCCUCAAGCUGCUUGGAUUCUUCCUGUCACGCAGCACCCACAAACGCAAGUACGAUGUUAUGUCGCCGCACAAUCUGUACACUUUGCUGGCCGAGCGUUUGCUUCUCUAUGAGGAGUCCCUCUCCCUGCCCACAUACAAUGUCCUUUACGAGAUCAUGACGGAGCACAUCUCGCAACAGAUCCUGUACACACGUCACCCAGAGCCAGAGAGCCACUAUCGCCUGGAGAAUCCAAUGAUUCUCAAAGUGGUGGCCACUCUCAUCAGGCAAUCCAAGCAAACGGAAUCCCUGAUUGAUGUCAAGAAGCUAUUCCUGCAGGACAUGACCCUGCUGUGUAAUAGUAAUCGUGAAAAUCGCCGAACUGUGCUCCAAAUGUCCGUCUGGCAGGAGUGGCUCAUUGCGAUGGCCUACAUCCAUCCGAAGAGCAGUGAGGAGCAAAAGAUUAGCGAUAUGGUCUACUCCCUGUUCCGAAUGCUGCUCCAUCAUGCCAUUAAGCAUGAGUAUGGCGGAUGGCGUGUGUGGGUCGAUACCCUGGCCAUUGUUCACUCCAAGGUCUCGUACGAGGAGUUCAAGUUGCAGUUUGCUCAGAUGUACGAGCACUAUGAACGCCAGCGGACGGACAAUAUCACAGAUCCUGCCCUGCGACAGGCUAGACCCAUCAGUACCAUCAGUGGGUGGGAGCGUGAGGAGCUGCAUCAGCAGCAGAACGGAGCUGUGGCUCCAGCAUCUGCAGCAGGAGCAGCAGUAACAGCACCACCUUCAAGUCAAGGCGGUGCCGCUCCUGUUAAGGCUGCCGUUUCCAUUGCCUCGCUGGAGGAUGUGCCGCCCGUGGUGGAGGAGGAAGUUGAAGAGCUGGAACUGGAAGAGAUUGAGGUAGUCCCUGAGGGAGUGGAAUUCCAAGCGGAAGGUGCGGUCGAGCCCAAGUCCGUGAUAGCCAACAUUUCGGAUGUGUACAACGAGCAGCUGAAAACCGAUGCCACCACCUGUAAUGGCAACCGGGAGGAGCAAGAGCAGGAGCAGGAGCAGGAGCAGCAGCAGCAGGAGCAGGAGAAGAACUUGGAGCUGGGUUCAGCGACUUCACCAGCUGACCAAACCGAAGACGUCUCCUAUUCACUGGAAGCGCUGCGCGAAACCCUGGAGCUGGGCGAUGACAUGGAUGUGGAGGAACUGGAACUGGCCACGGCCAAGGAUGCCCUCAAUGCAGAGCAGCAUGUGGCCCACAUACUGCAAUCUUCGGAGGCGGCUCUAAAUGAAUGCAAAAUGGCCGUCGAUGAUGUAUUGCAGGAGGCCUCCUCAGUUCUCAAGGAUGAGGAGAUCGAACUAGCUGUCAACGAAGUCGUUCAGGGUGUCCUGAACAACGAGAAGAAGUCAUCGCUGACCGAUAAGGAUCAUCCCGAGGCUGUGAAUGUAACUCUGCUGAAUAGCAAGAAUCUGCUCAACAAUAACAACAAUAAUAAUAACAACAGUCCAAGUCUCACGCCCACAACGGGAGUGGAAACGUCAGAGGAUGUGCAUCCUGAGACGGAGGUCAAUGCCAAUGAGAUUGUGCCCAAACCGGAAACGGUGAAGGUAACAACGACCACGACCACGACAACAACGGAACAACAAGUGCCGGCAAAAACGGAAACGGAACCCACAACAGAGGCUACUCUGGCCAAGCCAGAUGCUGUCCCUAGUUCCGGUUCCAUUGCCGAUGCCAGCUCCAGUCCGAGUCCCAGUUCCAGCCCAGAAGCAACCAAUCAAAAGACUGAAGAAGCAGCCAAUAAGCUGAAUAACAACGAUAAGCAGGCGGAGAUUAGCUCACCGGAUAGCGCACCGAUGGCGGAUCUCCUGCAGCUAUCCGACACCGAAGUCAAGCCGGAAGAGGAGCAGGAGAAGGUAACGACAGCUGAACCCGAAGCCGAUCCGGUGGCUCUGGCCGUUAGGGACAUUGUCGAGCAGCUCAUCGACAAGGUGAUCGAUGCCACCGAAGCGGAAGCGGAAGCGGAAACCUCUUCAGCGUCAGCAACCAGUAAAACGGAAACGAACAAUAAUGAGCUGCCCAAGGAGGAGGAUGAGAAGGAGAAGGAAAAGGAAAAGGAAAAGGAAUCUCCUGUUGUCCAAGACUCUACUGCUGCUGCGCCCGAGGAAGUGGAAAGCUUGACUGCUGCUGCCGCCGCCGAGGAAAUCGUUGAGGAAGUAGUAGAAGCUGCUCUGAUCUCGGUUGAAGAAGAGCAUCCUCUGGAGGUUGAGGCAAGCCAGGAGGAAAAGCCACAAGUCACCGAGGCAAAACCAGAAGAAGUCCAGACACCAGAGACCAAGAACGAAGAGGCCAGCCAAGAACUGGCAGAUCAAUCCAGCAAAGAAUCCCCAAAACCUGUUAUAGAAACACCUCUGAUAGAGCCAACCGAUGCUAAAGAGCAGGUGGUGGCCAUUGUCAACGAAGUUCUGGACACACUCGUCGAUGAGACUGUCAAGGCUGUGGCCUCCGAGCAAACCACACAGACCUCACGCCCCGAACAGCAGUCGCCCCGCGUCCAGUCGAAGGAAGCAACGACAGCCACGACGGCCACAACGCCGGUUCGCAUAAAGCCCACUGAGGUGGAUUCCACCACACAGACCACGCCCAAAAAUGAGGCGGGUCAAGUGAUGGUCGAGGAGCAGCAGGCGCAUCAACAGCAGCAGCAGCAACAGCAACAACAGCAUCUGCAGGAUGAGGAUGCCCAAACCUCUGGCACAGUCGAUGAUGAAGAGUAUGCCGCCCAGCAGGCUGUCUCGGGAGUGGAGGGAGCCAGUCAAAUGGAGGCCAGUCAUUAUGGUCCCGGUGGAACCGGUCCUGGCCAGGAACAGAAGCAACAACAGCAACGCUCUAAAUCGGGCUCCACCCGACCCAUGUUCAGUCCUGGACCAACGCGUCCACCCUUCCGGAUACCAGAGUUCAAGUGGUCCUACAUCCAUCAGCGUUUGCUCAGCGAUGUGCUCUUCUCCCUGGAGACGGACAUUCAGGUGUGGCGCAGUCACUCGACGAAGAGCGUCCUGGACUUUGUCAACUCCAGUGAGAAUGCCAUAUUUGUGGUGAACACAGUGCAUUUGAUCUCUCAGCUGGCGGAUAACCUGAUCAUAGCCUGCGGUGGAUUGCUGCCGCUUUUGGCCAGUGCCACGUCGCCUAAUUCCGAAUUGGAUGUGCUGGAGCCCACGCAGGGCAUGCCCCUGGAGGUGGCCGUGUCCUUCCUGCAGCGUCUGGUCAAUAUGGCCGAUGUUCUAAUCUUUGCCACUUCGCUGAACUUUGGUGAACUGGAGGCGGAGAAGAAUAUGUCCAGUGGUGGGAUACUGAGGCAAUGCCUCCGCCUGGUGUGCACCUGUGCUGUGCGUAACUGUCUGGAGUGCAAGGAGCGAACCCGCUACAAUGUGGGAGCCUUGGCUAGAGAUGUGCCCGGAGCAGCCCAUUUGCAGGCACUCAUUCGAGGAGCUCAGGCCUCGCCCAAGAACAUUGUCGAGUCAAUAACUGGUCAAUUAUCGCCCGUCAAGGAUCCGGAGAAGCUGCUGCAGGACAUGGAUGUAAAUCGUCUGCGUGCCGUGAUCUAUCGCGAUGUGGAGGAGACCAAGCAGGCCCAGUUCUUGUCACUGGCCAUUGUCUACUUUAUAUCGGUGCUAAUGGUGUCCAAAUACCGUGAUAUCCUGGAACCGCCGGCAGAGCCGCAAAUCCAGCGACAAUCGCCAGUGCUGCAACGCACGGCAGGCGGCGGUGGUCGUCAAAUUCAGGAUAGUGAUUAUGAAAUAAUUGUGGUGGAUGAGAAUAAUCCCUCUGUGUUGGCAGACAACGAUUCACAUUCCAGUGGUCCACCCUCAAUUAAGAGCGUGGACUCGGACGUGGGAUCCCUGAAUAUGAAUUCCACGGAGAACGAGGUGCCCGAGGUGGAGUCCUCCAGCGAAAUACUAAUCGAUGACCACAAGCCCAGUCACUCCAACGACGAGAGCUGGACGGAUGUCAACCUCAACGAGGAUGCCGCUGUCCAGGCGGCCAGUGCCGGCAUGGUGGUGGGUCUGGUGGAUGGCGGCACCGAUAAGCAUGAUUCCCAUCUCACCCAGCAACAGCAGCAGCAGGCGGGGAUUAACCAGCAGCAGCAGCAGCAGCAACAACAGCACUCGGUGCACUCGGAGCGUGGUGACAAACCGGAUUCGGAGAUAUCCGUUGUGCGAGUACCCGAUGGUUAUGUGGCCAGCUCUGGAGGAGUCAACUCCUCCGGUCAGUCGCAGGGUGUGGUGGCCAAUCAGAGACCUCGUCCCGAGGAGUUGCCCAUGAAGGCGCCCGCCUUGGUGGCCCAACUGCCGCUGACGACGCCAUCGCGUGAGGCAAGUCUCACCCAGAAACUGGAGGUGGCCCUGGGACCGGUGUGUCCUUUGCUACGCGAAAUAAUGGUGGACUUUGCUCCAUUCCUCUCCAAGACUCUGGUCGGUUCACAUGGCCAGGAAUUGCUGAUGGAGGGCAAAGGACUGACCACAUUCAAGAACUCCCAUUCCGUUGUGGAGCUGGUGAUGUUGCUCUGCUCACAGGAGUGGCAGAAUAGUCUGCAAAAGCACGCCGGCCUGGCCUUCAUCGAGCUGAUCAACGAGGGACGCCUGCUCUCGCAUGCCAUGAAGGAUCACAUUGUUCGUGUGGCCAAUGAGGCAGAGUUCAUCCUGAACCGAAUGCGAGCAGAUGAUGUCCUUAAACAUGCCGACUUUGAGUCACAGUGUGCUCAGACAUUGCUGGAAAGGAGAGAGGAGGAGCGAAUGUGUGAUCACCUAAUCACUGCAGCCAGGCGAAGGGAUAAUGUCAUUGCCAGUCGGCUGCUGGAGAAGGUGCGGAACAUUAUGUGUAAUCGACAUGGCGCCUGGGGUGAUUCCAGUUCCAGUUCAACCACAAGUGCCAGCGGCGGUGUCAUUGUUGGUGCUGUGCAAAAGAGUCCCUACUGGAAGCUGGAUGCCUGGGAGGAUGAUGCCCGACGGCGCAAGCGUAUGGUGCAGAAUCCCAGGGGCUCAUCCCAUCCGCAGGCCACACUGAAGGCGGCCCUAGAGAAUGGAGGUCCCGAGGAUGCCAUCCUCCAGACACGCGAUGAGUUCCAUACACAAAUUGCAGUCUCCCGUUCGCAUCCCUCCUCGGGCCAGCACAAUGGCGAACUGCUGGAUGAUGCUGAACUUUUGAUUGAGGAUAGAGAACUGGAUUUGGAUCUGACAGGACCCGUGAACAUAAGCACCAAGGCCCGCUUGAUAGCACCUGGACUGGUGGCCCCCGGCACUGUGUCCAUUACCAGCACCGAGAUGUUCUUCGAGGUGGAUGAAGAGCAUCCAGAGUUCCAGAAGAUCGAUGGUGAGGUACUCAAGUACUGCGAUCAUUUGCAUGGCAAGUGGUAUUUCUCGGAGGUGCGUGCCAUCUUCUCGCGUCGCUAUCUCCUGCAGAAUGUGGCCCUGGAGAUCUUUCUGGCCAGCCGGACGUCCAUCCUGUUUGCCUUUCCCGAUCAGCAUACGGUGAAGAAGGUGAUUAAGGCUUUGCCCCGCGUGGGCGUGGGCAUCAAGUAUGGAAUUCCACAGACGCGACGCGCCUCGAUGAUGUCACCACGACAGCUGAUGCGAAACUCGAACAUGACCCAGAAAUGGCAACGCCGCGAGAUCAGCAACUUUGAGUAUCUAAUGUUCCUCAAUACGAUUGCGGGCAGGACAUACAACGACCUCAAUCAGUAUCCCAUUUUCCCCUGGGUGCUGACCAACUACGAGUCCAAGGAUUUGGACCUCAGUCUGCCCUCCAACUACAGGGAUCUAUCGAAACCGAUUGGAGCACUGAAUCCCUCGAGGCGGGCCUACUUUGAGGAGCGAUAUGAGAGCUGGGACAGCGAUACCAUACCGCCUUUCCACUAUGGCACCCACUACUCCACGGCGGCCUUCACCCUCAAUUGGUUGGUGCGCGUGGAGCCCUUCACCACCAUGUUCCUGGCCCUUCAGGGCGGCAAAUUCGAUUAUCCGGACCGAUUGUUUAGCUCUGUGUCCUUGUCAUGGAAGAACUGCCAGCGGGAUACAUCUGAUGUGAAAGAGUUGAUACCGGAAUGGUAUUUCCUGCCCGAGAUGUUCUACAAUGCAUCCAACUAUCGGUUGGGUCACCGCGAAGAUGGAGCUUUGGUGGAUGACAUUGAGCUGCCGCCAUGGGCCAAGAGCCCGGAGGAGUUUGUCCGCAUCAAUAGGAUGGCCCUCGAGUCGGAAUUUGUAUCCUGUCAGCUGCAUCAGUGGAUCGAUUUGAUCUUUGGCUACAAGCAACGCGGACCGGAGGCCAUCAGGGCCACCAAUGUGUUCUAUUACCUCACCUACGAGGGCAGUGUGGAUCUCGAUGGUGUCCUGGAUCCCGUAAUGCGAGAGGCUGUCGAGAAUCAGAUUCGUAACUUUGGCCAGACGCCCAGCCAGCUGCUGAUGGAACCACAUCCGCCGCGCAGCUCAGCGAUGCAUUUGUCACCCAUGAUGUUUAGCGCCAUGCCGGAGGAUUUGUGCCAGAUGCUCAAGUUCUAUCAGAACUCACCGGUUAUACACAUUUCGGCCAAUACGUAUCCGCAGCUGUCCCUGCCCUCGGUGGUCACCGUGACGGCGGGUCAUCAAUUUGCGGUGAAUCGCUGGAAUUGCAACUACACCGCCUCCGUCCAGAGUCCCAGCUAUGCGGAAUCGCCACAAUCGCCGGGCUCCAAUCAGCCGCUGACCAUUGAUCCAGUGCUGGCUGUUCAUGGCACCAAUAACAAUAGCAAUGCGGUGAGUCGCCGUCAUUUGGGUGACAACUUCAGCCAGAUGCUCAAGAUUCGAUCAAAUUGUUUUGUGACCACUGUGGAUAGCAGAUUCCUGAUUGCCUGCGGGUUCUGGGACAAUAGUUUCAGGGUUUUUGCCACCGAAACGGCAAAAAUUGUGCAAAUUGUAUUCGGUCACUUCGGUGUGGUGACCUGCAUGGCCCGUUCCGAGUGCAACAUCACCUCGGAUUGUUAUAUUGCCUCCGGAUCGGCGGAUUGCACAGUGCUCUUGUGGCACUGGAAUGCCCGCACUCAGAGCAUUGUGGGUGAGGGUGAUGUGCCCACUCCGCGAGCCACCUUGACGGGUCACGAACAGGCGGUGACUUCGGUGGUGAUCAGUGCCGAGCUGGGACUGGUCGUUUCGGGAUCAUCAAAUGGACCCGUGCUGAUUCACACCACCUUUGGGGACCUGCUGCGCUCACUGGAUCCACCCGCGGAGUUCCAUUCCCCGGAACUGAUUACCAUGUCACGGGAGGGCUUCAUUGUCAUCAACUACGACAAGGGUAAUGUGGCAGCCUAUACCAUUAAUGGCAAGAAACUGCGCCACGAGACGCACAACGACAAUCUACAGUGCAUGCUGCUUUCGCGGGAUGGUGAAUACCUGAUGACAGCCGGCGAUCGCGGCAUCGUGGAGGUGUGGCGCACCUUCAACCUAGCACCACUUUAUGCCUUCCCCGCCUGCAAUGCGGGCAUCCGGUCUUUGGCCCUCACCCAUGAUCAAAAAUAUCUGUUGGCUGGUCUCUCGACGGGUUCGAUCAUCGUGUUCCAUAUCGACUUUAACCGCUGGCACCACGAGUACCAGCAGCGCUACUAAGUCGCAAGAACAUAAGCCCAACAUUCCAACAAAAAAAGAAAUGAACACAUAAAAAAACCAAGACAACUACACGCCAGUUAACAGAGGCCAGAAUACACCGGAAACGGAAAUGAAAAUAUAAAUGCAAACGAAAAAGGAUCGCAAACCACUACAAUGUACUUAACAAAGCGAUGACGCAGGAUCAAAAUGUGGAUCGGUUUUUUUCUAUAGACCUUUACAACUUUAGGCUAGUAAGCGAACCUAUGUUUUUUUUUUUUUGUCUAGUAAUAAUUGUGCAUUAGUGUGUGUUUUGGCCGGAAAAGCCAGUCGCAAAAGUAAAAACAAAAAGCAAGCAAGCAAAAAAAAAAAAA